AUGGCUGACAAGUAUGACCACCUGAUAGUGGCCGACUUGAGAGAGCUGAUGAAAGAGAGAGGCCUUCCAGUCCAGAAACUCCAGCUGCGGCUAGAAGCUGAGGAGCAAGAGCACAAGCUCAAGCAUGAGCUAGAGUUGGAAAGGAUGGAGCUGGAGGCCCAGCACCAGCGUGAGGAGCUGGAGACCAGAGAAGCCCAGCGCGGCCAUGAAGCUAGAGAGGCCCAGCUCCAAUGGAAGCCCAAGGUGAAAGUGUCCCCAACAAAAUCAGGGGCCCAGGCCCACCCAGACACACUGAUUUGCUCCGUGACGGGGUUUUACCCUGGUGGGAUCGAGGUGAAAUGGUUGAAGAACGGACAGGAGCAGACGGCCAGAGUGGUGUCCACGGAGCUGAUGCAGAAUGGAGACUGGACCUUCCAGAUCCUGGUGAUGCUGGAAAUGACCACCCAGAGUGGGGACAUCUACACCUGUCACGUGGAGUACAGCAGCCUGCCGGGCCCCAUUACUGUGCUCUGGGAGGCGCAGUCAGACUUGGCCAGGAGCAAGAUGCUGACGGGGAUCGGGGACUUCGUGUUGGGGCUGAUCUUCCUGGUGCUGGAACUCCUCGUCUACCUGAGGAACAAGAAAGUUGAGGUGGUGGGCCCGGAGGUGGCGAACCCCAAGCAGACUGGCCCACCCCCUUCAGGGGAGGCACCACCUAACCCUAAGAAAGCCAAGAACAAGAGGCAGAAGGGAGCUUCCCAAAAGCUCCAGCCCCUUUAG